AAUCCUACUAGUAGUGAAAAAAACCGAAAUUCCGAAAUUAAAAAAAAACUACAGAUUACUUCCUCCAACCACUACCAACAACAACAUAUUAUCAUAUAAACCAUGUCUGCUAACGAUGUGUUGGAUGUAUUGAACAUCCUGCGUGAUGACCAAAAGGGUCCUGCCAAAAAAAGGCAAAAAACAAGCACACCGGUGCCUCGACAAACCGGUAUGGCAAGAGAAUUAUAUAAUUUAUUAGGUCCUAAUACUCCACCAGUCAAUUUAACUAAUACUUCAAAUGUAAGUUCCAAAGAUAAAAUUAAAUUUAAAGUAUCUCCAUGGACUCGAAUGCCAUUUAAUCCCAAUAAAGGUAAAAAGACUGGACAUGAAAUUAUAUUAAAUCAUUGGGUUAAGGGAUCUCAAGAACUCUUGGAACAAGAAGAUAAGGAUAAACCAUAUUUUUUUGAAAAAUUUGAUGUUAAAUUAGAUAUACCACAAUUGGUGGACGAAGAGACUUUUGAUGCGUACAUGGAAGAGAUAAGAGAUCAUCAAAAAAAAGUGUUGCUUGAUAGGAAGCAGCGAGAAAAGGAGAAGAAGGUGCAAGAAGCACGAGAACGAGAAAGGCGCGAUAAGGAGAAGCAAAAGGCAUUAGAGCAGGCCAAGAGUGCGGAAAAGAGUCAAGAGAAGAGUGAAGAAAAGAAGUCUGAGGAGAAGGGUAGUCAAGAGAAACUGACUGGUGACAAGCUGACUGAUAAGAGUAACAGUGAUGAUAAAGAAGGAGAGGAAGCAGGAGAUAAGGAGGGUGAUGAAAAGGAAGCAGAAGGUGAAGAAGCAGAAGCAGAAGGUGAAGCAGAAGCAAAGGCCAAAGAAGCAGAAGCCGAUAAAGAGGAUGAGGAUGAUGAGGAGUACCUUUCAGAACCAUGGACUUAUGAAGAAACCAAAUACUUGUUUGAGUUGUGUAAUAGUUUUGAACUUAAAUGGCCCAUUAUUUAUGAUAGAUAUAACUAUGGUACAGAUAGAUCACCUGAAGAUCUUCGUGAACAAUUCUAUACGUUAUGUAUUAAGAUACUUGAUAGUCAAGAAAAUAAGAAUACAGCACUUAUAGAUUCACUUCGAGCUUAUUCUAAAUAUAGAGAACUCGAUAGGAAACAGUAUUUGGAAAAUCUCCUUAAGAGAACCCCAGCAGAGAUUGCUGAAGAAGAAUCAUUAGUCAUUGAAGCUAGACGAUUUGAAAUGGCAGCUAAGAAGAUGUUAAUUGAAAGAUCUCAUUUAUUAACACUUUUGGAUUCUCCUCAAAGUACUCAGCAAGUUCAACAGUACUUAUCAUCACAAGGUAUAACCAACUUGUAUAAUCACUUGAUGAUCUUGGAUAAGAAUCAAAAGAAACGUCAAUUACAACAACAACAAAAAUCUCCUAAUGGUAAUCAAGAACCAAUUCCUCCACCAAUUCCUGUGGCAGCUUCAUCAUCAUUUAAAAAGGAUAAAUCAUUCCAAACUCAUUUACAACAAUAUUUGGCAGGAGUACUUAAACAGAAUCAAAAUACUACUCCAGCAUCAAGACAAGAAGCCAAUGCAAUUCAACAAUUAUUAAUGAAAAGGCUUACUCAGAAAGAAGAAGAAGCUUAUGGAUUAUAUUUCCAUGGUUCUGAAAAGCUUACACCAGGAGUUACAUUAAGAUCUAAUCAAAGACUUCCAGGAUUACAACAGAAGCUGUCAGUAUUAAAAUCAGUUAAUCAAGUACUUCAAGAACUUGAUAUACCUACGGCUGGAGGGACUAAUUGGAAACCAGUUAUGCCUACUAGAAAGACUAUGACCAUGUAUGAUGAAUUACUUAAAUCAGUAGUUGCAUUACUUGAGCUUAAGAAAGGUAAGGAUAAGUUAGAGUCAGAGAUAACAUUAAUUAAGAGUCAACGAGGUUUGGAAUAG